AUGCGAGAGAAAGGUGCAGACGGCGAGUCGCACACUUUCCGUCGAUAUGCUGAUGCUGGAGCUCUUCGAGAAGAGGAGAGCGGACGGGAGGAGGAGGAGGAGGGACGGCGGGGCGUGGCAAUUGUGUGCUCGGCGGUGCCAAACAACCGCAGCAGAUCAACUUGCAGCGCGCAGGGCAGGGCAGGGCAGGGCAGGGCAGGCAGGCGGCAGGCCAGGCGUUGCUCAACCAGACCGGGCAGCGCCUGCUCGUCGUGGAGUGCGCUGCGCAUCGCUGCACUCGCAUGCCGCAUGCGCGAAGGUGCAGGGAUCGCUCGGACGCCCGCUUCGAGCCUGGUGUGGCAUCGUCGAGGUACGGAGUCGGCCUACGGCUAUCUCAUCGUACAGCGUCCGCUCCAGCUUCAGCUUCCCACACCUUGCAGCUAUCAUAUGUUGGGACAUGCAGCCUCGCCAAGCCCGCGAUACAAGAGCGGAUGCACCGGCACCGGCAUCGGCACUCGUGGUGGGCGGCGCGCCAAGAGCAGCAGUGACUUGCGAGCUACAGUCCCUCUGCCGCCCGUCAAUGUCCAACCGUCCAACGGCAUUCUUCUGUGCUGA